AUGGAGCCUGGAAUCGCCUUUUGGGGAUCACCCAAAGGUACAAGGGAGCUGGUUAUAUUUGGGGUAGAUGCUAUUAAACCUUUUCUUGAAGUUGGAAUAGUUUCUGCCAAUGGAGAGGAAUUGGUUCAUAAAGUGGAUGUAAAACUAGAGAGGUGCUGUCUUUGCCAUGAGAUAGGGGUCACACUCAGGUACAUUGCAAUAUUACAUUAUUUUCCAUUGAUUAUAGAUUUAAACAGACUACUUAGAAAUGGCCCAUUAAUCAAAUAUGGCAACAAGAAAUAUGCGAGGAUUGGGAUAAUGCCGAUAUAUGGCGAUGCAGACUCAACCAAAUGGUUUGAAGUGGAACCUAAUACCACAUUUCAUCUCAUCAAUUCUUUCAAGGAUGGUCAUGAGUAUGUAGGUGAUGUUGUGGGGUUGCAGAGCGCUAGAUUCAAUAAUUCCAGGACCUGGAGAUGGUCUGAACGAAUUCAAGUGGUUCUCUCGUUGAUUGAACAUGCAAAUUGGAGAGUUUAA